GGAGGUUCUCCGCGGGGAGCGGCUCGUCACUGACCGGCGGGGUGCUUCAGUUUGCGGGGGGGUAGCUUCUCUGUGCGUGCCGGCCGCCCCCGGUGCUCAUGGAUACUUGCAGCUGAACGAACAGGGAGUGAGUCAGUCUUUUGGUGCAGAAUGGUUUUAAGAAAGAGGCUAAAACGGAGCCUGUGUGAAGGUGCCGCCGGAGCCUGGUAGCCGUCAUGAAAGUUAGCUUGUAACGUUAGCUCAUGCUAGGCCUCGGUUUGUCAGGCGUGUUGUUUGAUUUGUGUUUGUGAACCGGAGCUGCUGCCGCUGCUGCUGCUGCUGCUCUGUGCUUUUGUUUGCCGGGGUUUCUCCCUGUGGCUCAUCGGGCAGUGAAAUGAAGAGAGUGAACAGCUUUCAGAGGUUCAUGAACAGACGGGCCUCCGCUAACUGCCGCUACCAGCCAACCUGUUAUGAACAUGCUGCAAACUGCUACACUCAUGCAUUCCUCAUCAUGCCGGCCUUUGUGGGCAUGGCGUUGCUGUACCGUCAGUCGGACAACCGCUGGGAGAGGAUCACUGCCUGGGUGUACGGCAUGGGCCUCUGUGCCCUUUUCCUGGUCUCUACUGUGUUUCACAUCAUCACCUGGAAGAAGAGCCACCUGAGGUCCAUGGAACAGUGUUUCCAUAUGUGUGACAGAGUGGUCAUCUAUUUCUUCAUUGCUGCCUCCUACACACCUUGGUUGAACCUACGUGAACUCGGACCUCUGGCGGCUCACAUGCGCUGGUUUGUGUGGCUCAUGGCUGCUGCUGGGACCAUCUAUGUCUUCAACUAUCAUGAGAAGUAUAAACUUGUCGAGCUGGCCUUCUAUCUGACGAUGGGCUUUUUUCCUGCAUUGGUCGUGACGUCAAUGACCAACACUGAGGGGCUUCAUGAACUUGCCUGCGGAGGACUCAUCUACUGCCUCGGCGUGUUCUUCUUCAAGAGUGACGGCGUCAUUCCCUUCGCUCACGCCAUCUGGCACGUGUUUGUGGCGCUGGCUGCUGCCGUGCACUACUACGCCAUCUGGAAAUACCUCUACAAGGCUCCCAGCGUCGACACCCUCCUCAACUCGUGACCACGGCGCGGCCCGUUAUCCCGAACAGUAGAGCUUGCACACUGUCUCCCUCAACUGCCCACAGAAGCUGCAGCGACAGCUGAAAAGUUUACGAAAAUACUGACCGUGAAUUGUUUACUGUUUUCUAACAUGGAGAACAGAUUUUUUCAGCGUCUCCCUAACGAACAAAAGCUACUUUAAAAGCUGUUUUGUACCUCAGCGUAGACAGUGAGGGAGGGGAUUUCUACUUUUUACUCUUAGUGUUAAUCUUGGCACAUUCAUGAGUAUUUGAGAUAUUUGAUAGUUGUCUUUUGUAUCACUUGAUGAAAGUCACAUUCCACAUUUUGGGUCACAACCUGGAGAUUUCAUCAUUUCAGUGGGUGAUUUGAACAUUGGGGAUUUGAGGUGCUAAGAAUCCUGGCUGGGUCUCAAAACAACCAUGAAAUACGAAAUAAUACUUUGUUUUGAUGCUUUACUUUUGAGAAGAAUGAGCAUGUUUCUCUACAAAACCAUUUCCUUUGAUUUAACAAACAAAGCCAUUAACCCAAAGCAAACACAAGCAUAUGCACAGGAACUGAAGAUGGCAAAAGAGUAUUGUUUCAAAUUGGCAAAUUAAAUUGUAAUGAGGAACUAACGAGUCUGAAUCUGACCAGACAGUCAAUGACAGCUUUAGAUUCUCUACACUAAAAAAUAUUUUCAACAAUUUCCCCCCAUAUCCACUUGUUUCUAAGUUGUGUAGGAACAAAAACGUGCAUCGGUCACUUGUUUGCCCAUUUUCUGUAUUUUUUUUUUUUUGUAUAUUAAUAUUUUUUUAUGCAUUUUUCAGUCCAUCUGAUGCACAUUCACACACAUAAGAAUGAUGCUUUAUCUCGACCUGCAGUUUUCAGGGAAUCUUGAUAGUAUUUAGCGCCCCCUGCCGUUGGGCUGGUGUAAGAUGCAACAUUUCAGGAAGUGCGGAGGUGACACCUUGUGGUUAGGUGGGAAUUUUUGUUUAUGAGCCAAAUGAGAGGAAAAGAAUCAGUUCAGUUUGAUGAACCAUGAUAGUUUCACUGUGUUUUUUAAUGUGAAGAGCGUGCUGUAGAGAGUGUGUGCGCAUGUGUGCGUGCACGACCUUUGUACUGUAGUCCAGCGUUACAUUUCCACUGAUUCUCUCGUUGAUUUGCACCACAAGGACAAAAAGUGUUUUAUUCUGAAGUGGACAAACAUCAUUCUCUUGUUUUGUAAAUUUACUAAAUGGCUCCUGACUCAUAAACAUCGUUGUGUUGCUUUCCUCUCAGUGGAGCUGAAUAAUUGUUUUUCUGUUUUGUUUUGUUAUUGUGGCCCUUGUAAUGAUUUCCUUAAACCACUGUUUUGUAAUGUUUGUAUAUUCUGAUGUUUAUCGUGUGAACCUGAUCCUGGCCUUUGCAGGGAAAAGAAACAAACUGCUUCUUGUCUGUUCCAGUGGCUGUUAAUGGUGCUGAAUUAUGAACAUGAAUGCUCCUCCGCUGUAUCACCUUUCUAAUGUGACAAUAAAAACCUUACUGCCCCA